AUGUCGAAUAUCAUUAACAUAGAGCACGAUCGGGUCAGUAAUACCACGGCGACCGACUUUCCGGGGUAUUCUGCAAAUGGAGAGUAUGCUUGGGAUUUGGAGAAUUUCAAGAAGAACUUCCAGCUCAAUAUCUCCUACCUCACACAGAGAACUGCCAACUUUGAUUUGGUGGGGAUUGACACAUCUAUUGCCAAUGCUUUCCGCCGUAUCAUGAUCGCUGAGGUGCCUUCUGUUGCAGCAGAGUAUGUGUACAUCUUUAAUAACACUUCGGUCAUCCAGGACGAAGUUCUCGCACAUAGAAUUGGUCUCGUGCCUUUGAAGGUCGAUCCAGACAUGCUUACCUGGAUCGACCCAAAUGCAGAGGAGGAAGAUAAGUUCACGGACGAAAAUACUAUUGUGUUGUCUCUGGAUGUGGCAUGCACGAAAAAUCCGAAUGCCAUCCCCGGAAACAACGACCCAGAGAAUCUAUACAGAAAUUCCAACGUUUAUGCCAGAGACCUCAAAUUCGAGCCAAAUGGACGCCAGGUCACCCAGUUCGCUAACUGUCCCGUUGUUCCUUGUGAUCCAGACAUCUUAAUUGCGAAACUGCGUCCAAACCAGGAGAUCUCGCUCAGAGUUCACUGUGUUCUAGGCAUUGGAGCUGAUCACGCCAAGUUCUCUCCAGUCAGCACUGCAUCCUAUAGAUUGCUUCCAACGAUUGACAUACUAGAGCCGAUAACGGGCGACGACGCGGUGAAGUUCCAGAAAUGCUUCCCUUCCGGCGUUAUUGGCAUUGACUCCAACGGUGCAGCAUACGUUGCCGACGCUAGAAAAGACACCGUUUCAAGGGAAGUUUUGAGACACAAGGAGUUUGAAGGAAAGGUAAAGCUGGGUCGGAAAAGAGACCAUUUCAUAUUCAACGUUGAGUCAACAGGCGCCAUGCCUCCAGAAGAGAUUUUCUACAAAUCUAUCAGAGUUCUCAAGACAAAGGCCGAGUACCUGCGUAACUGUCCUAUUGGAAAUAUGUAAUUUACUAAUAGAAUCCCCCUCAGACCCCCAGUCGUGGCAUCAUCUCGCUCAAUGACGGUCUUGGUGCUUGCGCGCGUUCUAUAAGAUUCACGUACUGGACUAUCUUCACGACGUCGAUCGACGCGACGACGUCGCUGUCCUCGGCACUGUUCAAAUCCUGCUUGACAAAGUUCAUGCUGUAGAGCGAAAAUUGCAGUGCCACCAGCACAAAAUCCCACAACAGCAGGUACAACAGCUUCGAGAACCAUCCUUCGAACCUGUUCUCCCCCAUAAUAUUUAUGAUGUAUGCACCGUACGAUAUGCUUUGACCCAAACCUGCGCGCGCUGAAAAUGCAAUGUGGACUAUCAGGCCUAACACGUUGAAUGCUAGCCCCAAUGACAACACUUUCUGUGCAAGUAUCCGCUGAAUCGCGGGUGUAAGCACUGCUGACGCUUCUAUGCUGUUUGGAGGGUGGCCAAGCAUGAACUGCUGGAAGCCUCGCAGCAAGAGUAGUAUCAGGUUCUCAUCAGCAAGAUAGAGUAUUAUGAGCGCCAGAUAGCAUGAGAUGUCAAGCCUCGUGGUAAGAUUCUUCCUGUGUUCUAUUUUCCUUGCUUUUAUGACCCGUUCAUCGUUCAUCGAAAGUUGUCUUUCCA